AAUUUAGAACAAUAAUAAUGAAAUAAUUGUUUUACGACAUGUGCCCCCAAGCCAAAGAAAGCGUAGCAAACAAGCAUGGCGACCUUAGUGCUUGAUAAUGGAGCGGGAACUGCGAAAGUUGGGUAUUCUACGGACAAGGAGCCUAAGAUCAUUCCAAACUGUGUAAUGAAGGCAAAAAAUGUGCGAACAAGAAUAUUUAUUGGGGAUCAGAUUGAUGAAUGCAAAGACUUGUCAAGUUUGUAUUAUUUGCUGCCAUUUCAAAAGGGCUACCUGGUAAAUUGGGACAUAGAGCGACAAGUAUGGGACCACAUGUUUGGAGCAGACUGCUGCAAGGUGGACUUCAAUGAGACCACAUUGAUUGUCACAGAACCACUCUUCAAUUUCACUUCAGUUCAAGAAGCUAUGGUCGAAAUUUUGUUUGAAGAAUAUCAGUUCAAAGCUCUCUACUGUUGCAAUGCCCCACAGCUGAGCCAGUAUCACUAUAUAAAGCAUGACUCCAAGAAGGAGCUAUGUGCUUUAGUUGUAGACUCUGGCUACUCCUUUACACAUCUUGUGCCAUACUGCAAGGGGAAGAAAUUGCUGGAUGCAGCUUGUAGGAUAAACAUUGGAGGAAAGGUGCUGACCAAUCACUUGAAAGAAAUUAUUUCAUAUCGACAGCUAAUGGUAAUGGAUGAAACUUAUGUGAUUAACCAAAUGAAAGAAGAUGUCUGCUAUGUAUCUACUGACUUCAUGAAAGACAUGGAAACAGCAAGGAAAAAAGGCCCAGAGAACACAAUCCUGUGUGAAUAUGUUCUUCCCGACUACACACACAUAAAACGUGGGUAUGUCAAACAGAAAGAAGACUCCUCUGAUAAAUCACAAGGAGAAGAACAGAUUAUCAGAAUGAAUAAUGAGCGCUUUGCAGUACCAGAGCUGUUGUUCCAUCCAUUGGAUGUAGGUAUCCAGGAAAUGGGCAUUGCUGAAGCUGUGACACAUGUACUGACUAAAGUGGAUGAAGAGCUUCAUCCCCAUCUUUUGCGUAAUAUUGUGCUUACAGGUGGUAACUGCCACUUACCUGGUUUUAAAGACAGAAUGUAUCAAGAUGUCCGCAGUCUGUCAAAUGAUGAAUACGAUGUUUCAGUCUUCCUGCCUCCGAACCCAACAACAUAUUCAUGGGAAGGUGGAUGUCGGCUUGCCCAAGACCCAGGCUUUGCUAAGAUGGUGCUGUCAAGACAGGAAUAUGAUGAACAAGGCCUUGCAUACUGCCUUGACAAAUUUGAUGUAUAGGUGCUUUUGUACAGCUGACUUGUUGCCUUGUGUGUGUACAUGUGAACAUGUGAGAGAGAAUAA